CAACACGGAACACUUAUUGUUAUUGUGCGUGUAGUAAUAUUUAUGUAAAAUAUAAAAUGCUUAUUUUAAGCAAAUAUCUAAAAUAUUAAUAAAGAAUAAAUAUGUAGAAAUAUUGUAGUGAAUUGUAAGUGUAUAAAAAGUGCAUAAUACGGAAGAAACACUAACCAUAAGUCGAGAAAUUGCAAAAUUAAAUUUGCAAAAUUUUCAACUUUAAAUGCAAAUAUCUCGAAAACUAUAAGUUUGCGGCGGCAAUAAUUUUACAUAUAUUCUUAAUCUGGAGCAUCAGCACUAUCCAACCAUACCACUUUUAACCCUGAAAUCGUGGGAUGGUAUACUAAAGUUUCCCCAAAAUUUUACAGCGGGUGCAAAACGACAACUAAUUAAAGCAGUGGAAGAGUGGCCCCGAAUAUGGGACGUAACAAACGUUAUGCAUUCGAAUAAAAAUGCUGUGGAGCAGGCCUGGGUGCACAUAAGCAAUUCCGUUAGCAAAACGGUUAGUGAGUGCAAUCUGGAUGGAUUAACUUACGGGAGCUAUCGCUUUCACGCCAAAGUGGCCCGCAAGCACAAAAGUGGUAGCGCUGGUGGAGAAACGCUGGAGGAGCCUUUUUUUCAGACGCGAUUGAUUGGGAGUUUGCUGAAGAAAUGGCAACUUUGCCGAAUAUAUCACACAAAAGAACAGCUUUCACAAGUCCAUCGUUUGAAGAUUUUGAUUCAUCUACCCCGAUAAAUAGAGCGAAUGUGGAGGUGUUAAGUGUUCCGCAAUAUGAUUAUAAUCCAACACCCACCACAAGUAGUCGGACGUUUAGCAGAAGCCAAAAUGACGAGGCAUGGAAUCGGUUCAACAACAUUUUAAAGAAGCAAGAAGAUUUGGUAGCAGCAAAGAACAACUCACCUUAUGCACAAGUCUUUGCUAGUUUUGACUGGUUGUUGAAUAAGCUUCCACGGUCAGUUGGUGAUGAUAUGUAUAUUGAAUUUUUAUCUUUUUAUACUCACUUACCUUCUGAUUAGUUAUGAAAUAAA